AUGAAGCACCUCGCAGCUUACCUUCUCCUCGGCCUCGGUGGCAACACCUCGCCCUCUGCCGCCGAUGUCACUGCCGUCCUCGAGUCUGUCGGCAUUGAGGCUGAUGAGGAGCGCCUCGAGACCCUGAUCUCCGAGCUCAAGGGCAAGGACAUCAACGAGCUCAUCUCCGAGGGUUCUGCCAAGCUCGCCUCCGUCCCCAGCGGCGGCAGCGGUGCUGGUGCCCCUGCUGCCGGUGGCGCCGCCGCCGGUGCUGCCGACGCUCCCGCCGCGGAGGAGAAGGAGGAGGAGAAGGAGGAGUCCGACGACGACAUGGGCUUCGGUCUCUUCGACUAA